AUGGCAACCCUCAUCCUGAUCCCCGGGCACUGGAACACGCCCGCAUGCUACGACGCCCUGCUCACCGCGCUCCUAAGCUACGGCUACAGCUCCGCGACCGUGAUCCUCCCGUCUCCCGGCCUCGACGCCGAAACCUUCGACCUCUCUUCCGAAUCCACCGAGAUAAAAUGGACGCUCACGCAACUAUCCAAGAUCCGACGGGACGUCAUCCUCGUGCUGCACCCGACGCACCGGCGCUCCGAGUACUACCCGCGGAAGCUGGAGAAGAUGCACGCGGAGCGGAGCCUGAAGUCGGGGGUCCCGAGGAUGAUUUUCUUUAUGAGUUAUAUGAGUCCGAGGGGGUUUAAUGAGACGGUGGAUGGGAAUGGGAGGGAGAUUCUGGAGGACCCGGCGGAGUUUGAAUUGGAGAGAGGCACAGUGACUGUCGACUCGGAAGGCCACCACAACGUCCUCUUCCAGUACCUCCCCGCGUCGGAAGCGCAGCAUUGGGCCGCGCGAAUGCUGCCAGAGAGCGUCGGGAAGUUCUGGAGCACGUCGCAGUCGACGGGGUGGCGACACAUUCCGUCGCGGUACAUGCUGCAUUCGGACCAUCGGUCGUUCAGGGUACCGUAUGCGCAUUAUAAGAUCGAAAGGACGAGGGAGUUGAGCUUUGCGAGGUGA